AUUAAAUUACCGGCAACGCGCAGCCUCGAUCCCCGGAGGCGGCGGCGCGCAUCGAUGUUGAAGGCAAGUAAGGAGGAGGCGGAGGUGUGGUCGGAGAGGGCUCACGGAGCUGCCAUCCACGGCGUCUCCGCCGUCCCCACCGCCGUGGUCGCCGACUUCCUCUCCCGCUCCGAUGAGGCGGCGAGGAAGAGACUGAUCCGGAUGAGCGAGAAGCUGAAGCAGUUGGAGGCACAAAUGGAGGCGCUGGAGGCGGAGGUGAGCAGAGCAGCUGCUAAAGACUUCUCCCAACCGGAUUAACUGUAACACUUUCUUGCUCCAUGUAAAUAAAUAUAUGACAAAAUAAGUGAGUGCAGGCCACUUAGAUCAAA